GAACUGAAAAAAUAUCUCAGACUGCGAUAUGGGAUAUUUAUUUUAAAUCGUGUUUGAUGCUCAGUAAUAUUCUUACCACAGUUAAAGUGAAGCAGUAGCGUUUGUGAGGAAUAUGUUUAAAUUUCCAUUUUAUGAGGGAACUAAGAUUCCAAAAGCACUCAACGUAUUAAGGUGUUGGUCUUCAUCAAGUCCUUACGCUGCCCCAAAGGCCCACCAAAUUUACCAAUCGCCGCAAGAACUGAAUGCUCAAGAAAAGAAUGUUGUUGAUAAGCUGUUCAAUGGCCUGCUGUCAUCCAAUAGAGCUUGUCUGGCACAGUCUAUCACCUUGACAGAGUCAACACAUCCUAGAAAAUGCUUGCAGGCAAGACUAUUGUUAAGAAAAGCCUUACAGCAUUGCAAAAAAUGCCAGGAAGAAAAUAAGUCCUUUAAUUUUCGAAUUGGACUGUCAGGACCACCAGGUGCUGGAAAAUCAACCUUUCUAGAAACUUUGGGAAAGUAUCUUACAAGCCAGGGUGAAAAAAUUGCUGUUUUAGCAGUCGACCCAUCGUCUACAACCAGUGGAGGAUCAUUAAUGGGUGACAAAACAAGAAUGCAGGAACUUUCAAGGGAUAUGAACGCGUUCAUCCGCCCAUCACCAUCCAGCGGGCAUUUAGGUGGAGUUACUCGCUCUACAAACGAGGCUAUAAUAAUGUGUGAAACUGCUGGUUAUAGAACCGUAUUCGUAGAAACUGUUGGUGUUGGACAGUCCGAAUAUGAGGUGGCAGAUAUGGUUGACAUGUUUGUUGUUCUAAUUCCUCCUGCUGGAGGUGACGAACUACAAGGAUUGAAACGCGGGAUUAUGGAACAUAGCCAUCUUGUAGUUGUUAACAAAGCUGAUGGAGACUUGGUUCAAGCUGCUCUGAGAAUGCAGUACGAAUAUACUUCGUCCCUCAAGUUCAUGCGACCCAUAUCACCCAACUGGAAACCAAAAGUCAUGAAAGUUUCCUCGUUAACAAGCGAAGGUAUACCUGAACUAUGGGCUGUCAUGCAAGAAUUUCAUCAAACGAUGAUAAAAACGGGGGAGCUUUUUGAAACGCGCCGCAAACAGCAGCGCGUUUGGAUGUGGAAUUAUAUCACUCAACACAUUAUGCAGGUCUUCCGUGAGGAUCCAAGAGUCAAAUCUCACAUUCGGGAAAUGGAAAAGAAUGUCGAAGAGGGCCUUAUGACUGCCGGCCAAGCUGCCGAAAUUCUACUGCGUCGUUUUGUACCCGAUACUGUACUGUCAUGAUUGUUGUUAAGUCCAUUCCUAAAAAUAGGUUCAAAUUGCCAAAUAGCAUGAUAUGUCGGUCCAGUAGUCUUUGAUUGAUAUUGGAAAUAAAACUUUUCUUCUUGAGAA